AUGGCUUCUGCUUCUUACAUGGAGGAUUUGACUUGUUCUAUCUGUCUGACUAUCUUCACUGAUCCGGUUGCUCAGUUCUUGUGCCCUGAGCAUGAAGAAAAGCUGAAACUGUUCUGUGAAACAGACCAACAGUUAGUUUGCGUCAUAUGCCGAGAUGGGGAGAGGCAUGAUGGACACAAAUUUAAACCAAUCAGAGAAGCAGCUACAUCUCUGAGGCGGGAGCUGGAGAAGGGUAUGGAGCACCUUCCUGAUGAGAUUGAUGCCAUAGAGAGCUUAGCCAAUAGACAGAGAGAAGAAAUAACAAAAACCCAGGUGACGUCCCAGCAGCUGAUGACCCAAAUCAGAACCCAGUUUGAGGAGAUGCAUCAGUUUCUGAGACAGAGAGAGGAGGAGAUAAAGAAUGAGCUAAAGGAGAAAGAGACAGAGGCUGUAGAGGAGAUGACUGAGAAGUUUAAGGCAAUGGACCUGGCUUUGUCUGAGAGUAGAGAGCUGCAGGUGAAGGUGACAGCAGCUCUGGAAAUUUCUGACUCAGUGAAGUUCUUGCAGAGCUGGACUGAAGUGAACAACAUGCUGACUCCAGAGUGUUUGUUCAGGCCCAGAGCAAAUGAUCUGCAGGUGGCCCGCACUUCUCUCAGUUUGGGUCCUUAUGAAAGUCACCUGCAGUUCUUUGUGUGGAAGGAGAUGCUUCAGGUGGUCAAGCCCCAGGCAGAGCUGCUCUCACUGAGAAGAGAAAAUACAGAUGUAACUGUGUCUGAUGACGGACGCAGUUUGCUUUGUACUCCCAAAAGCAGCCAAUCUCAAUCAGGUUCACUUUUUGGCCGUGCCACAAAUGUCAGCUCUAGCCAAACCACAAGUUCUUUUGAAUUUGUAUUUGGUUCAGCCCAAGGCACAGGAUCAUUUGGGUCCGCUUUUACCCAAACUGGGGGAUUAUUUGGAUCUGGCUCUACCCAAGACAAGUCCUCAGAAACAGAGCUCACAUUUACAGAUAGACCUCGAAAGAUUGGGAUUUACCUAAACUGCUCCUCCAAGGAGCUUUCCUUCUACGAUGCAGACAAGAUGAAACAUGUUCAUACUCUGAGCUCAAGUCUCAUGUCCCUGCCAGUGUCAGCUUAUUUUAACAUUGGACACAGUGAGGACAUAGAUCGUAACCCUCUGACAGUGUGCUGGUACUGA